AUGAAAAAGGCUAAUCUAAAUCAAACACUACCUAUUUCACAAUCUGAAAUGAUUCAUCAUAAUACAGAAACAAAUGAUCAUUCAUUGUCAAAUCCAGCAGUUUAUGAAUAUUAUACUAGAUUAAUGCAACUUAGUUAUAUUGAAUGGUUUAGAUAUCUCGUUUGUCAAUCACCACAAAUAACAGGAAAUUCUUCUACAUCAAGUCCUAUUCCCCAUUUAAUUCAAAAUAACAAUAUUUAUUAUCCAAACAAUGAUAAAUCCUGUGAUUUUAAUAGUUUAAAUAAUGUUAACAAUACUUUUCGAAGUAACCACUCUGUAAAAGAUGUUCAAAAUAUAGAUAGAUUAGCAUUUCAUCAUUCUAACGAAUCUCUUUCAAUUAAUUCAGAUAUUUUAGGAUCAACUUAUUCAUCAUAUGAUUUAUCUAAUUUUCCUUGUAACUUACAGUCUAAUUUCUCAUUGAAUAAUCAUCAAAAUGCUUUGUUAAAUCGUCUUUCAACGAUUACAUCAACAACACAUUCAUUACCAUCUUAUUCACCAAUACGAAUUACCAAGUCUGGCCUUCAAUCAAUGACAAAAGAUGUUUCAAAGUUAACAAAUAUUUGUAAUAUGAAAUCAAAGAGCUAUUCUGGAAAUCCAAUAAUUUCAAAAUAUUCUAACACAAAAAGUACUGAUCGUACAUUAAUUAUCAAUGGACCUAAUAGUUAUGCUUGUAAACUUUGUUCGAAAGUUUAUUCACAAGCAUCCGCAUUAAAAAUGCAUGUACGUACACACACAUUACCAUGUCGAUGUACACAUUGUGGUAAAUCAUUUUCACGUAAAUGGCUCCUUAAAGGACAUGAACGUACACAUACUGGUGAAAGACCAUAUUCAUGUAGUGUUUGUAGUCGAUCAUUUGCAGAUCGAUCAAAUCUAAGAGCGCAUAUGCAAACACAUCAACGUGAAAAACGUUAUUCAUGUCCACAUUGUCCACGUUCAUUUUCACGAAUGGGUCUAUUAAAUAAACAUAUGAUACAAUGUACUCAAAAUAUCGAAUCAAACAAUAGUAUUAACAAUCGAAAAAAUAACAACACAAUGAAACUAUCAAAUUGUUAUCUUCCCAUCAAAUUUUCCUGA